AUGUUUCCCUCAGAACCAACGACAACACGAAAUAGCAACAUCGCACUUAUUCCCAAAGAAUACGCCCACCAGGGAGAUCUAGAAGCCAUAAUCACACGAUACAGAACCCUUCGCCUAAGAGGCCUGAAAGAGAACCCAGACUCCUUCUCAUCUAAGUACGAGGACGAAGUUGAUCUCCCAUACGAGAAAUGGCUAGCUCGAGUUACCAACCCACAAGCGCGUUCCUUUGUCGCUUAUGACGCCCAGGGGAACAACAACAUGGAAUCUUUAGCGCUCCUUUUGAGUCGAGAAUGGUUGGGUACAGUCACCAUAGUAGGGCCUAGGUUGCUGCCUGAAGAUAACGAGGCUCUGUCAAAAGCACCAUGGGAUAUGUUUCUUCCGCUAGAAGAGCGGGAGCUGUCUGAGAGAGAGACUCGUGAUGCGACUUUGGUGUAUAUGCUUGGGGGCAUGUUCGUUCUCGAGACGGGAAGACGAAAGGGGAACGGUCGUCGGCUGAUUGAACGGGCUGUUAGUGAAGCACGGACGGAAGCUAUUGAGGUGGGGGCAAGUCGUGUCUUAGUGGUGUCUGUCGCGGAACGAAAGAAUGAUGCUGCGCGACGGUUGUAUGAGAAUUGCUCGUUUGAUGUGUGGGAUGAUGAGCUUGUAUUGCAGAUCCCACGGCACCAGGAGUGUGUUGCCAUGGUUUUGGAUCUUAGGCUGAAGGCAGGAUCGCCUGAUAAUUAA